AUGACGGAAGCGGUGACUGUCCACCGGAAGCGAUGUGUAGAGUGGUAUGGGAUUGGGCGCUGCUGUGACACGCUGGCUGGGAAUUGGGCGCCCAAUCGUACGGCAACGGUGGACAAUGGUAUGCAAUUCGGUACCAUAUACAUGCAAUGGAAAGAGGCCAGUCACAAAGCUCGUCAAUGGCAGCAGGAAACGUGUAUAGUCUACUCAUGA